UUGACUGUGGUCCUUAGGAGCAGCAGCAGCAGCAGUAGCGGCGUGGGAUAAUUGGAUGAGAGGAUGCAGUGGGAGAGGGGUGAGUGAACAGCUGGGUGAUGGGAUUUAACACAGACACCUGAUUUCACCACGGUCUACAGUCAGUGCGACAGAGUCCAGCGUCACACCUGAUGUGCACUGCUCACUGCUUGACCACCUUCUGUUUCCAUCGGUCCUCCUCUGUGCAGAGGGCCCGCGGUGCUCUGCGCACACAGACAUCAUCCACCAGCGGCUAUUCCGCUUUCACAUGUCGGGAGCUUCAUUUUCAAAACGACAGAUUCAUUUGAAUAUUAAGGAUCAUAAACGAGAGGAGAGAAGAAGGCGUCUUGCAGAACAAACGUCACUGUCGGAGGAUCAUCUAGCUCUCACAAGCCAGUCCUGUCCUUUGGAGUGAUGGCAGUGUUGUUAGUGCUUCUUCUCUCUGUGAUCCUCCUCUCCCUUCAAACUCCUGCUCGAGCGUCUCCUUCCUGCCCUGUGAGCUGUCGAUGCUAUAGCCUCACUGUGGAGUGUGGCUCCACCGGCCUAAAGGACAUCCCCAAACACGUUCCUCCAUCUACACAGACUGUUUUCCUCCAGGAUAAUGUGAUUGGCCAGAUCCGUCGACAGGACCUCACUCUGCUGAGGUACCUGCACUACUUGUACCUUCAGAACAACACUAUUUCAGCGGUGGAGCCUGGCUCUUUCCAGAACCAGGCUCACUUGUUGGAGCUGGCUCUGAAUGGGAAUCGGAUCCACCUGGUGAAAGCGGACAUGUUUCAGGGACUUGAACAUCUCCGCAUUCUUUACCUAGCAGGAAAUGACAUCACACGCCUGCUCGACUACACCUUCCGUGGCUUACAGCGUCUGCAGGAGCUCCAUUUACAGCAUAACAGUAUAGAGAUGUUGGCGGACCAGGCUCUGGUUGGUCUGAGCUCUCUGGCUCUGCUGGACCUGAGCAGGAAUAAUCUUCAUACUAUCGGCCCUGCAACUCUGCGGCCUCUGGUCAGCCUGCAGGUCCUGCGCAUCACAGACAACCCCUGGCGCUGUGACUGUGCUCUCCACUGGCUGAGAAGCUGGAUUGAUGAGGAGGGCCAGAGGCUGCUCAGCUCUGCAGAGCGUCGGCUGGUCUGCACCGAGCCACCACGCCUCUCCCACCUUAGCCUGGUGGAGGUCCCCCUCAACAGCCUGGUAUGUAUCCCUCCACUGGUGCAGCUGGAGCCCAGGAGGCUAGCUGUGCGCCUGGGAGAGAGCCUCAGGGUGUCCUGCCAUGCUUCUGGAUACCCUCGGCCACAGGUGACCUGGAAGAAGGCAUCGCAGGGUAAAGUGGUGCUCUCUCCUCGCGGCCUGGUUCAUGAGCUGGGUGCUGGGGCAGCUGGAGGAGGCAGAGCCGAGGAGCCUUCUGAGGAGGCAAGAGUCAGUCUUCAGAAGACUGAGGGCGAGCGCUUCGACCCCGACACCGGCAGUGGAAUGCUGUUUCUCAGUAAUGUGACUGUGGCUCACGCAGGUUUCUAUGAAUGUGAAGCCUGGAAUGCAGGGGGCGUGGCCAGGGUGACCUUUCAGCUUGCCAUCAACUCAUCUACUUCCUCUUCCUCUUCAUCCUCCAUCUGGGCAUCAUGGUCUCAGGUGUCCUCGGCCUACUCCCCAGCCUGGCCCAGGUUAAGGAGCCACGGUCCUGCUGUAGGCUCAGAUGUGAGCCGGGAGCCGCUGUAUGCUCUGGGCAGCAUGGCCUUCAGCGCUUUGGGAGCCGCUACUCAGACUGCUAUAGCUGUGGGCAUCUCCCUGCUGUCACUGACCGCUCUGCUGCUGGUCGCCAUGAUUUACAGCCGACAUCACCAACGAGAUAAGGAAGCGGAGCAAGCUGAGAAGGAGGAGAGCAUCCUGUACGUGAACGACUACUCUGAUGGCCCCACCACCUUUGCCCAGCUGGAGGAGUACCGUGACGAGCGGGGCCAUGAGAUGUACGUUCUCAACAGGGCCAAGCCUGUGCUGCCUCCUGCUCCGCCCACAGCUGUGUCCACCACUAACCUCGGUUGCCCCGCUCCAUCUGACACCUCCAGCCACACCCUCUCCUCAGGGGCAGGCCAGACCAUGAGUCCCACUCUCGCCCCCAACAAACAGCAGCAGCAGGAAGGAGACAUACGGACCAUGAGGAGAAUGGCGGGAGAGGGAGGGGAGGCGGAGCCUGUGAUCACUUCAGAAGCUGAAGGGAUGUUUCUCAAUCACACAGGCCUGUUCAUGGACUCUCAGAUUGCUUAUGAAAUCCACUGCUGAAAAGGGGAGGGAAUCCACUGCAACAUAGAUUGUUUGUGUAAGACAGUAUCUACCAAAGGAAAGUCAGGGUGCCGCUGCAGGAAUCCAGUAACUGACUUAUCCACUCUUAUUGGAGAAGGUUUUCACACCUGACAGAAGGAGCACUCUGGUUUAUUCAGUCACUAGCCCUGCUACUUUCAAUGACAUUGACAAUAUGACCUUUACACCACAUGUCAGUGGAGUGUAGGCUGCUGGGUUGACUGGCUUUUGAAAGCCAAAACACUCAAAGGUUAUUUUAGUUGGACUCAGGUAUUUGCUGAGCUGCUCAUAACUAAACUUCCCUGUACAUGAACAUCUGGAUCGGCUACUACAACCCUUCCACCAUCGUUACUGUACAAGAGUAAACAUCAAGACUCACACAAAGAUCGCUGGUUAUUUGGGCAAGUAUUAAUGAGGAUGAAAUAAUGGAAUCAUCUCGAUCAGGCGCAUGAGAGAACCUUUGUGUGUUUUAUUAUUGUUAUUUAUAUCUUGACUUGUUUUCAUUUACUCUCAGACUCUGCAGGCCGUUGUAAACAUCCCAGAGAAACGCAGAGAUGCUGGGACUGUUUCUAUGUAAGUGAGCAUGUUGGGCAUCACAAAGGAUGGACAUUUUUGUUAUCUUCAAUCUGAACUUUUCUGAUUAACAUCCUGUCAAGUUACAGAAUCACACAUGCACACACUCGGUGUCUCUGGGGUUAGCUAGUUCUCUCUGAGCCUGACAUCUGAUUCCUGGUUUCAUAGAGCUGGUGGGCUCACACCCUGGCUACACCUGUGUCUUUAAAUCCAGAUGUGAGACAGAAUCAGGCAGUGUAGAGGGUUUCGUAUGAAAGAAUGUCAAACUGUUAAGUCAGAGCAGAAGGCCGACUUUUGAGGUGGCAGAAAGUCAUAUAAAGUGAGAUAAACAAAAUAAGCUCUGUUCACUAGAAGUGAAAUAAGAAAAGGACAUAGAAAUUAAAAUAUCAGCGUUAGGCCAAUAUAAAUGAUUAGUAUCACUAUAUUGGUCUUUUUCAUGGCAGGGCCAGUAGCAUCAUCUGUAUCCUUGUGUGUCAAUAUGAGUAAACUAUGAUGAUUAAGAAAUUCAUCAAAUACACGGCUAGAGCCAAAGCAACAAAGAAUGACUGAGUGAAGAAAGAAGAAAUGGCCUAAGACGUUCUGAUCAGGGGCGGGUCCAGAUGGGUGGCCAGGGGUGGCAUGGGCAAUAAGUAAGGUCUUUUACCUGCUUUUUGUAGCAUAAC